AGAUCACUCUGCAGCCAUCUACCAAAGUUCUCUGCUACGGAUCUCGCCUCACAAUUAAGCUUGAUCGUUUUCCGAUACAAUUGCCUAGCUGGUCUUGCGCAUGACGACGGAACAACCCAGGCGCAGAACCACCUCACGAUAAACCUACCCGACACAGAUAUAGAGUGCGAACCACGCGAGCUUCAUUCCAUCUAUACCAUUACAUUCAUACAUAACGAUUCAAUUGAUCUGGGCGACCGCUUCCCUGUCCCCUAAACAUUAGCUCGCGCUAGCACCACCAACCACAAUGCUCUCCCUUCCACUCAUCACACCUCGCGAUUCUCAUGAACUCUGGUUCGGCUCCUCACAACCCUACCGAACCUCCUCCCAGCACCAGCCUUCCGCCGGAGAAACACAACCACAUGCCCGCCGCAAUGGCUCUACUGCGCUAGGCGGACGUGCCUCAGCCGCUGCCUCAGGAAAUAUGCUUUCAUCCCUCCUCCUGGAAGAGCGUGCUCUACGUGCGCGCAAGAACAAUAUUGCCUCGUUCGGAUACUCGUGGAUCAGGCCGGCCGGGUGUCCCAAGACUAUGCUGGGCAUGAAAGAGGAGGAGGCGGAACGCGAAGAGGCGCUGGCCGCCGCAGCGGCAGAGAGAGCAGCGGCAGCGGCAGCAGCGGAGGUGGGCGUGGAUGGAUUAGACGAGCUCGGGAACCAGACACAGGGUACUUUUGAUGGCGAUGGCCAGGAUGACACAGGCAUGGAAAGAGAUCUGGACGACGAUAUCCCCGACGCGGAUGCAGAUGGGCUGGUCGAGGAAGGCGAGGAAGGGCUGGAAGAGGAGGAUGUCGUGGAUGAGGGAGAAUACAUGGAGCGUGAUCUAGACGAUGACAUUCCGGAGGCAUUCCCGGAUGAUGACGAGCUCGAAGAGGAAGAAGACUUGGAGGAAGAAAAUGACGACUUCGACAAUCAGCCGGACCUGGAUAACGAUAUCCCCAGCGCGGCCGAAGAAGAUUAUGAUGACGAGGGUAUGAGCGAAGGGGAGGAAGAUAUGGGUCGGGACCUGGAUGAUGACAUCCCUGAGGCAGUCGAGGACCGGUCAGAGCAGGAAGAGGAAUGGCAACACACCGACACCGAUGUGGAAUUUGACGAUGAGGAGGAUGUCAGCUUCUCGCAAGACCCCUUCUCGCUGAGCUUCCGCGCCAGUACAACUAGCAGUCGAGGCCUGCCACCGCCUAUUCGGCGGGAGAGAGAAACCGAAGCCCAACGACGGUUCUUACAGCGGUGGAGUGGAGGUGGUGAUGCCUUUGACACUAGCAGCAUGCUCGUCGACGAUGAGGACCUUCGCGCUUCUUUGACCAGUCAGAGCAGCCGACGGAGUUUCUUUAGUCGGUUCCCUAGACGGCGCAUGGGAGGGCCCAGAGACAGUCUCGAGUGAUGACAAGUUCAAUUAAUACAUGCAUUAGUGUACUAUAAUUCUCAGGGACAGGUUAUGGAAUCCUCGGUUAUCGUGAAAGGGUGGGAUGACUGACGGUGUUUAUAUAAUUGCAUGGAGCCGAGGACGGCGUUUUGGGCCCAUACAGGAUUUCAAAGACUUAUGUUUUAGUUCUACUACCACGCAUGAUACAAUAACCUUGAAAGUAGCAG